CGGCCAAUCUCUGAGCAGCUCAUUUGACAAAGCAAAAUGGAGGUGUUUGUUUCAGGUCCACUGCUUCAAUUUAGUGUUAUUUCCUUUUCUUCAGGGGCGUCUGUUCGUGAUUUAAUUCAUCUUUGUACGAACGAGAAGGGAUUCCCGUCAACAGAUCUCUAUGUCAAGAAUAAUGGACGAAUAUCAUCGCUUGAUGACAAAUUGCAGGCUGGGGCAGUGUAUCGUCUGGAGCCUCGUCUCUGUGGAGGGAAAGGAGGCUUUGGAUCUAUGCUUAGAGCUCUAGGGGCGCAAAUUGAGAAAACCACUAACCGUGAGGCAUGCAGAGACUUAAGUGGAAGGCGACUAAGAGAUGUCAAUCAUGAGAAAGAGAUGGCAGAGUGGCUUAAGAAGCAGGCAGACCGUGAGGCAGAGAAAGAGCAAAAACGUCUGGAGAGACUAGAGCGGAAGCUAGCCGAGCCCAAGCAUCAAUUCACAGAUCCAAACUAUGAGCGGCAGUGCCACGAUCUCUCAGAACGCCUAGAGGACUCCGUCUUAAAAGGAAUGCAAGCCUCUUCCAGUGGACUUGUGAAAGUCGAUGAGGCACCAAAACGCAAAAAGCAAAUCCAAGGCCAAAGGAAAAGCAAGAAGAAAUGCUUAUGGACCGGUGUUGGUGGCUUGGAUGACCUGGACAGCUCUGAGGAGGAGGGUGCAAGCGACAGCGAGGACUCUCUGUCCACAUCUGUCUCCGGCACAGUGGUAUCGUCAAGUCCCAUGAAGAGAGCAACAUCAGCUCACUACUCAGCCUCUCAGAGUAUUGCCAAACCUGCUCCAACUACAGAAGCUCCUAGUACGAGCAGCAAAACCAGCUCUCCAGAGAGCCCAGCAGGGAUGCAGACACAGUCUCAAGCAGUGGCAGCAGCUUCCAGUGGUAGUCGGGAGCAGGAAGUCGUUCCCACAGAAGAAACAUCCACAAAGUCAGAGAGUCUAAGCAUAGCUCAGAGUAACACCAACCGUGCCACUGUGAGUUUCUUAAAGCAAGAAGGUGGACCCUGUGAUCUCCAAGCAGUGCAUUCAGCGAAGGAGCUGGAGUCUUUGGGCUUGGACAAGCUGAAGGCAGAACUGAUUGCACGGGGGAUGAAGUGUGGGGGAACCCUGUCUGAGCGUGCUGCUCGCCUUUACUCCAGCAAAGGAAUUUCUGUAGAAGACAUUGAUCCUGCUCUAUUGGCCAAACACAGAAAGGGAAAGUAGUGAUCCACGUAAGGAGUGUACAAACAGGCCUUAUUCUUUGAAUACCCAUUUAACUGUAGUAAACAAUAUGAUUAAUUGUGAUAAGAAAUAAUUACACUUUCCACCACAUUCCCCUUUUUGACAGUGUUUCUCAAAAAAUAUUUAAACACAUGAGAAUUGUUCCUGUAUCAGUGCAACAUUUGUACAUAAAAUAGUUUUUUCAGGCUUGUAACCCUCUGACUAAUACAAAAAUUUUAUAGUUUUGAAAGUAGAUUGAUAGAUCUUUAAAUUGCUUAUUUUGUGACUAGGUUUAUAUUUCUCAGUUUAAGUUUGAGGUGGCUUAAUAAAAUGUUUUUAAAGUAGCAUGGAUAUACUGUAAUGCCCUUAUUUUAGAGGUCUGAUGGACCUCUUCCUGGUAGUUUCCAGGUGCCUUUUUGAUGGUGUAGGAAACUGUACUCACUGACACAUUGAGUUUCUUUGCCCUUUACUAAAAAAAGACCUACACUUUUCAGGGUUAUAAUGGUCGGUCUUUUUUGCUUUUUUCUCACCCUUAGGAUGAAAAUAUACUACUUCCUACGGAACUAUACUGUCCCGAUAAUGCUUAUCCGGGUGUAGUAACAGUCUGUUCCAACUUUUUUUUAUUGUGCAAAUUCGAAAUGGAAAAGGGAAACUUUCUUAAAUCAACUGAAGCUUAAACAUAGAUUUGUAAACCUGGAGCAGCUAACAACACUCAGCGGACCUACACUUUUCAGGGUUAUAAUGGUCGGUCUUUUUUGCUUUUUUCUCACCCUUAGGAUGAAAAUAUACUACUUCCUACGGAACUAUACUGUCCCGAUAAUGCUUAUCCGGGUGUAGUAUUCUAUAAAAUAGGGAAGAGUAUUCAGCAGUAGAGAGUACAUGGUUCAUUUCAGGGUCACUGUAGAUUAUCUGAAAAACCUUUCCUCUAUAAUUUCUUUUGCCAAUUUAGGUACAUUGAUUAGACAUAAAACACAAUUAUUUAAUAAUGCCUAAAACGAAUCCCAUAUAAGGACUUGGAUAUUAAUCACGUGACAUGACAAUUACUGAAGCUCCUUAAGCACAAUUAUAAUGGCAAGAAAGCAUGCCUUUUACGGAUAAUCUAAGUAUAUUUUAGUUCUAUCAAAGCUAGAAAAGAUUUCAGAACAACCCAUGAAACUUUGUUUUGACUUGAUCUCUGUGUGAUGCAUAUAAUUAAAAUAAUCAAUGGCUA